AUGGAAUCACCACACCAGAUAUUCCUCAUCCCUGAGGUACUAGAACAAGUCCUCGUGAAGCUUGACGCAACCACCCUCCUUCUCUCCCAACGCGUCUGCCAUCUCUGGAACUCACUCAUCAAGACAUCUCCGACCCUCCAAAGAGCCUUAUUCUUCCGCCCUGAAAGGCAGUCACCAACCGAAGAGCAUAAUCCCAGGCGCACCACAAACCCGUUCAUGGACAAGCUCCUGAAGUACUUCGUCAGCAACUUUAGAUCAGUCAACAGCACACAAGAUAGCAGCAACUGGCUUCGCCCAUUCAUGCCCCUACAAACAACGAACUAUCCAAGGCUAGGACGGAACCACCCCUACUCCCGCCCCGAAGCCAGCUGGCGAGAAAUGCUCCUCGACCAACCGCCAACCCCGAGCAUAGCGGUCAGGGAUGACCUCAUGCCCCUGAGGCCAUUUGGGGUACUCUGCGAAGAGAGAAAGUCCGUCCUCAGACUAAAGCAUCUAGAGACGCUUGUUCAGUCGUCCGUUGUGCCGCGUAUCGGUCUCAUGUUUACGAAGAUCUUUGGAAAAUCGUCACACUUAUAUCAUGCCUAG